AUGAUUCUAUCCAAGUAUCCGGGGUUGAUCCAAAACGAAAUACUUCAAAACAUGAAAUUAUCAGAUUUAUUUCUACUUUCUUUUGUCUCUAAAGGUAUGAAAAAAUUGAUCAAACCUUCACAAAACAGAAGAUUGAAAAGUAUCAAUUCAAUUGUGUAUGCCGCUGAUGGAAGAAACCCUUUAAGUGCGUUUAUUCCUCGCAAACCGUAUGACGACAUUCUAAUGAUAUUUGAAGAAUUCGAGGAGACGGGAAUUCCCGAUUUUCAGCUGAACGUAUCUGGGACGAUAAUUGACUUCCGAUUAUGUACAAGAGCGCGUAAUAAAACGUUUCGCUUACCCGAAAAUGAAUUCCAUCCAUAUCCUGUGGCAUGUGUUCCCAAAUCUGACAGAGAAUCUGUAAUCGAAUCGGUCCAUAAUUAUUUUCUUGAUUUCUUCGGAAGUUCUUUGCAGUAUUAUUGGAAAGGAGACGAGAUGAUAGACUUACAUUAUUAUAUUCCUACCCAACUGCAAAACGUGUCAUUUUGUACUUUUAUGUUCUUCGGAUCUAGCGUUGCGAACACCCAAAAACUUGAAAACUUUUUCUCCUCUUCCCCCGUUUUGAAAUCGGUUCAACUGUUUUUUUGGAAUUCAGAGAUAUCAAUCAAGUCGGAAUCCAAAUUUUAUCAGGCAGAAUCCGUCGACAUUGAACAGUCCGACAACACUUCUGCUGAUAUUUUGAAUCAUUUCCAAGGCAAACAGGCAUUUAUGAGAUGCAAGAAAUGCAAAAUAUGGGAUUUGAUCAACUUCGUGAAAAGAUGGAAAUCCGGAAAAGCCUUUCGCAAACUCGAAUACUUGAAAGUAACAGUAUCAUUGCACGAAUUUAACCAAAUUAUAAUGCAGAAUAUAAUUGGGGUAAAAUAUAUUGAUGCAAACAAACAACCACCAACGCACACUUUGCCUCAAGUGUAA